AUGGGCAAAAGGCUCGCUCCAGUUCUUGCCGUUUGCUUUAUGAGCAGAAUAGAACAACCAGUGAUAGAACGUCUUCCAAAGAUGUACUGCCGUUAUAUCGAUUAUCGCUUCAUUAUAACAUCAACGCAAUCCGAAAUGGACGAAUGCAUUAGAAGUCUGAAUGAACGAUCGCAGUACAUAAAACUCACUCGAGAACAACCAAAAGAUCGUUGGCUGCCUUAUUUGAAUGCUCAGAUAAAACUACACAAUGGCAUUGCAAGUGUGAAAUGUUAUCGCAAGGAACGCUCGAAAAACAUACUGACAAAUGCAAAGUCAGCCCAUCCUAAUGGCAUGAAAAAGGCAAUUAUCCGAAAUAUGGUCAGAACAGCAACAGCAAUGUGCACAGGGGAUAGAGAACGGGAAGAAUCACUAAAACUAGCCACAAGCAUAGCUAGUUCAAACGGUUACUCGAGAUUGAAAUCUAUCACCCAAUCUCGAACUGCGAACAACACAGUGAGGAUCCCACGUGAAGGUAGAAUUCCUUUGUGCAUCAUCCUCCGUCUCUGA